GGGACCAGUAGCGCCUCCACACCCUCCACAAGACCACAACAAAAUAUUCGGACUUCUCUCAAAAACAGAAGCUAGAGACUCCGAGCAGAAAUGGGUGAUCUAUACGCUUUGGACUUCGACGGCGUUAUCUGCGAUAGCUGCGGAGAAAGCUCUCUUUCCGCCGUAAAGGCUGCUAAAGUCAGAUGGCCAGCUCUGUUCAACGGCGUGGAUUCAACUCUAGAGAGUUGGGUUCUUGAUCAAAUGCGCAUUGUGAGACCUGUGGUGGAAACUGGGUACGAGAAUCUUCUACUUGUGAGGUUACUUCUGGAGAUGAGGGUUCCUUCUAUGAGGAAGUCAUCAGUUGUAGAAGGACUUACAGUUGAGGGGAUAUUGGAGAGGUGGUCAGAGUUGAAGCCUGUGAUUAUGGAGCAAUGGGGUGAGAACAGGGAUGGUCUUAUAGAUUUAUUUGGGAAGGUUAGGGAUGAGUGGAUGGACCAGGACUUGGAAACUUGGAUUGGUGCAAAUAGAUUGUACCCGGGUGUUGGUGAUGCUCUUAAAUUCUCAAGCUCUACCGUAUACAUUGUCACUACGAAACAGAAUCGAUUUGCUGAUGCUUUAUUGCGAGAACUAGCAGGAGUUACAAUACCGCCUGAAAGGAUCUUUGGUCUUGGAUCUGGUCCAAAGGUAGAAGUAUUGAAGCAAAUUCAGAAGAAACAUCAGGGGUAUAAGUUGCACUUUUUGGAAGAUAGACUCGCAACCCUCAAGAAUGUCAUCAAAGAACCUGAAUUGGAUGGGUGGAAUUUGUAUCUAGGGGAUUGGGGUUACAAUACACAGAAAGAGAGAGAAGAAGCUGCUAGAAUUUCCAGGAUUCAGAGUCUUCAGCUUUCUGAUUUCAGUGAAAAGCUCAAGUAAGUUUACCAGAUUAGCUUCUGUACAUACAAUAUUUAUUCCCUACCCAUUUGCGAAUUAGUACUAUGUAAACUGCAAUGUGUAAUAUCUUUGUGCUAUAAAAUAAUUAUUAUCGUUAA